AUGAAUACAAAUGCAAUGGAUCAAUAUGAAAAUUGUCCAUCAUAUGGUAGUUUUGAUGUAAAAUCAUUUUCAGAUUCACCAAUUCCUUUUACAAAUAAUAAUAAUAAUAAUAAUAAUAAUAAUAAUAAUAAUAGUAUUUGUGUAAUGCCAUCAAAUUAUAAUAAUAAAAAUAAUAAUAAUAAUAAUAAUGAAAAAUUAGAACCAGAAGCAACAUUAGAUGUUUUAACACAUGCAUUACAUACAUUAUAUAAAUCAAAUGAUUCAAAUCAAAGAAAAUUAGCAGAGAAAUGGUUAAUAUUAUUUCAAAAACAACCAAUAGCAUGGGAAUUUUGUCCAAGAUUAUUAUUAGAAACUAAUAUCUUUGAAUUACAAUAUUUCGGUGCAUCUACAUUAGAGAGUAAAUUAAAGAAUGAAUGGAAUGAAUGUAAUGUUGAAAUGAAAUCAAAGAUUUUAAAUACGAUUGUAUCAAUCAUUCAAAAUUCAACAAAGUUACCCAUCUGUUGUGUAACUAGAGUUUCCGUGACUCUAACCAUUGCUGUAAUGUAUACAUUUCCAGAGAUUUGGAGAAAUGCUAUCUUUGAUAUCAUUCAUUUAUCAAUUAAACAAGAUAUAAACACUUUAUCAUUACAUGAUCCAUCACAAAAUCAUUUCAAUACUGAUCGUUUAUUAAUGGUUUUAGAAUUUCUUUCAAUUUUACCUGAUGAAUUAAAAAAACAAGAUUUAGCAUUAUGUAAAUAUAGUGAAAUUCAAAAAGAAUUAAAAUUAAUUAUUGAUAAAAUUUAUAAAUUUUUAUUAUCAGUAUUAUUUUUACCAAUAAACGAAAAUUUUGAAUUUAUAAAGAUUUCAUAUAAAGCAUUAUCGGCAUGGUUAAAAUAUAUGUUACCAUCAAAUGGUACAAUGUUACAAAGUUGUUUUGAAAUUUCAUUUACAGUUGGUCAACAAAAAGUUAGUAAUAAUAGUAAUGGUAAUGGUAAUGGUAAUAAUAAUAAUAAUAAUAAUAGGAAUUCAAUUGGAUAUCCAUUAAUUGAUUCAUUAGCAUUGGUGUUGGAGGGAUCAUCAUUAUCAAUUGAAGGUCAAAGUAAUGGUAGUUGUUAUAUUGAGGCAUUUAGGUAUGCAAUUGAACAAUCGUUAACGAUAUUUCCAACAUUUUAUAAUGAAGCAACUGUUAUGAAUCAAGAUGAUUCAAAGGCUAAACCAAUUUUCAAUGUUUUCGUUCAAUUUAUAAGUUCAAAUAAUUCACAAUUGUUUACAACCGAUUUAAUACAUAGAUGUUUAAAUCUGUUGAUAUCAUUUAUAGAGAUUGGCUCAAGAGAAACCAUAUCGUUAUUGUUUUAUUUAAUCGAUGAUUUUAAGACCCAUACAAUGUUGGUACAACAGGAUCAAAAUAUAUUGAAAUUCUUUUUCUUGAAGCUUUUAAAUCGUUUUUUGGAUGUUUCGAUGUACCCAAAUGGAAAGGACUAUUGUCCCAUUGAGAAUGGUACCAAUCCAUUGAGUACAAGUCAAAAUGCUCAGUUUAAUGGUGUUCUAUGUGAGACCAAUAUUGAAACACUGUUGGAUGACGAUAUUGAGCAGUUUAGAUCAUGCUCUUCAGAUUGUUUGAUGAAUAUUCAAGAGAAUGAUAUCAUACCAAAAUCAACGUUUUUAAAGUUUCUCAUUGAAAAGUUAAAUGCAUUUAUCAAUGAGAAAUGUCCACAUUGGGAGCAGUAUGAGUCAAUUCUAUAUUAUAUCUAUGCUUUUUCAGGUGGUUCACAAGAUGGUCAAUUGGAGUAUGUACCCAUUCUAUUGAAUAUCAUUCCUUUGAUACCAAUUAAAUCAAUUCCAUUGGUUAGAACCUCAAUAAAGUUAAUUGGUAGAUACUCGUCAUUCUUAAAGACAAAUACUGAUUAUCUAGCCAAAGUGGUCUCUGAUCUUUUACCCGCUUUAUCACAUGCCGAAUUGAUUGGAUCCGCUGCAUCCUCAUUGCUAUCCAUUUGUGUUAGUGAUAAAUGCUCAACUAUGCUAUGGCCACAUUUCAAUCAGAUUUUAGACCAAAUCGAACCAAUUCUAUUGGGUCCUCAAAAAUCAAAUCCAUCAAUCGUAUUGGUUUAUAAAUCAUUGCUUCAUAUACUACAUAAAGCACCAAUCCAUGAACUAUCACCUCUAUUCACCCGUUUAAUAAGUCCUGUCAUACCAAAUAUCACUGACCACAUUCCAAGAGUAAAAUCAAAGGAUCACUACAAUCAACUAUUGGUACAAUUGUCAAUACUCUAUUCAGUCAAUGAAAUUAUAGAGUAUGAUGAAUUUGCUACUAUGGGUGCCAAUGGUGAAUUUACAUCACCUUCUAAACAUCCAUUGUAUCCAUUCUUUCAAACUACAAUCCCAAUUCAAGGUCAACUUUUAAAACAUUAUAAAUCUGAAUUUGAAAUCAUUGAUUGUAUUACAACAUUCUAUCGUUAUAUGAUGUUAUAUUUUCGUGAGAUUGCAAAUGAUUUCGUUGAUGAAAUACUUCAACAAGCAACUCAAUCAUUUAAUCAAUAUCCAAUUGCAUCAUUACUUCAAAUUAUCUCUUCAAUAAUCAUUCCAAAAUUACAACCAUUAACAAUUACAAAUAUUAAAAAUUCAAUUUCUUUAAUUUCAAAUACAUUUAUAAAUACUUUAAAAUCUGUAAUUUUAGCAACAAAUAAUAAUAAUAAAAAUAAUGAUAAUACUAAUAAUAAUGAUGAUAAUAAUAAUAAAAAUGAUAAUAAUAAUAAUAAUAAUAAUAAUGAUAAUGAUAAAUCAAAUUUCAUUUUAGAUUUUACUAUAACACCUGAUAUUACAAAAGAUUAUUUAAUUUUAAUAACAAAAAUUUUAAAAACUUCACCACAAUGUAUUGAACCAAAUAUUAUAUCAACAAUUUGUAUUUAUAUAAUUUAUAAUUUAACAGAUUUAACAAAAGAUAAACCAACAACAGGUAAUUGUUGUCUAUUUUUAACCAAUUGUUUAUCAUUAAAUAAUGGAAAAUUACAAAUUAGCGAUCCAAAUGGUAAUAAGGUUUUAGAACAAAUAAAGAAUGAAAUGAAUGCAUUGUUUGAAAGUGAUCCAAAGCAUUCUUAUGUAUUGGUUUAUAAUAUUUUGAUGAAUAUUUGUUGGACUCCAACUUCAAUUCAAGUAACUCAACAUUUCUCUGACGUUUUAUUAUCAUUUGCAAUAGGCUAUCCAAAUCUUUUGAAAUUACAUGCUACAAACAUUUUGAAUGAUCCAAAUUUCAUCAAAGAUAAACAAAUUAAUCCACAUGAUAAACAAUCUUUUCUUACUAAUAUUUUAAAAUCAAAUUCAACUCAAGUGGAUUAUAGAUCUUCUGUUCGUACUUUUUCUUUUAUUUGUAAUGAUAAAGAAUAA